AUGUACACGUAACCAUCUUCUCUGUUGGUGCGGUUGUCGUUAGUGUCAACGUCGGACAACGACAACUACAACAGUAGAAAUAACGAGUCAUCGAUUACGACGAAUUCCGUAGAUCAAGAAUCUACAACAGUACAGAAAAGCGCCAUGGCUACGACAAUACCAGCAUCGGUUGCAGAGACUGAAAGUGGAAAGGGCUUCAACAAUGCUCAGUCAGUAUCAGCAUCAUCAUCAUCAUCAACAUACGGUGUCUACACUAACAAUACUUUACCACGGGGGCCUUAUCUUCAGUAUAAAUAUAACAACAUUUGUAGUGUUCCGAGUAACCAGGACAAUAAAGAACAUCAACAAUUAAUGCUUCAACAACCGCUUACCAUCGACCAUCGACAUCAACAGUCGUCGAUUCAACACCCUCAUCAUAAUGCAUCAAAAAAACAGCAACUACAGCUGUGCUAUGGACAAAAUAAACACGCACAACUACAUCAAUCUUAUCGACAACAUCAACGCGAGUUGUUGCACUCCAGCGAUAUGCUUGAUAUUAUUGCACGAAUCAAACGUACUAAUCGCAGCAAUACACGGUUCGAAGAAAAAAAUGUACGAAAGGAAGAAGGAAAAAACGGUUUGGAAAACAAUUGCUGCCUGUCGCCGCAUGAUCGUCAUCACAUUGAUGCCGUGAUGAUUAAAAAGAAUAACGAACAUGGACGGAUGAGAAACUUGUCUUCUUCUAAAGAAGACAAUCUGUUGACGGACGAGCGUUAUGAGGACGCUAACCUUGACGAUUAUAUUGAGCUGCUGCCGAAACAUCAAUGGGACAAGCCACAACAGAUGCAAUACGACCGUCUGAAUUGUCAGCAUUUAUCGAGUGUUGUUGAUGAAAAAAGAUAUAAAAAUCACCAAACACCAAUCAACCAAACAAUUAAUGUCCAAAAUGGCAAAAUGUAUAUAACACCGCAGAACCAACAGCAGUGUAUUUCCGUCAAUCAUGCAGCCAUUAAGCGGCCAGAAUUAAUAUUUCCCAUGCGCAAUGGGAAUGGUGAUCUUAUUGCCGAUAAGAUUUCGUCUAAUAUAAUUUUAAAUCGACAUCAACAACUCAAUCAACAGAAUAUCUAUCAAAAUUCAUCAGUAGACUACAAUCAUCAAGCGCAAGCGGAGUGUGUUCGAUCGCAUUUACCGGCAACCGCUGUUGGCACUGUUUCGCUUACAAACAUAAUCACCAUAAAGCAACCCAGUCAGGCAGAAGGAUGGGCUUUACUCUGCCAAUCGGUACAAGCUUUGCAGGAUCUUUUCCUCACAGAAACGCCAUCAAUCAGCAAAGUUCGGCCAUUAAUUACUCCAGAAAAUCUGAAUAUCAGCGCAAGGGGACGUGUUGUUUUCAACAUCUUACCUAGUGGCCAGGAUACGCAUGUGAUGAAUAUCUGCAAGGAACGAGUUCUCUACCUAUCACCGGAGUACACUACCUCGCUUGGAAAGAGCAUUCAAUUCAGCGCGUCCGACAUUGAAAAGAUGUGGAUUUACUCUCUUGGCGUUACACUGCAAAUUACCAUUUCAUCUUUCGCCAUUCAUCAUCAUUUUCGUCAUCGUCAGCAUCGAAAACAGUCCAUAUCCUCCUUAAAUGAGCUGCACUUGCUCCCCAGAGUUGCUCUCACCUCACUUGAUCACGUUAUACUAGCUAUGUGUGAGACAACGCUCCACCAACGCGCUAGCCUGAUGUUUCUGCUAGAUGUUAUUUCAGAUUAUUGUAAAAAUCACCAUCUUUACAAGCCUUUCUCUCACAUGCUGAUCGAUUUGUUUCGGGAAGUGGCGUCUUCCACUGAGUCUCAACAGUGUCAAAAUUUUCCGAUUGGACACCCAACAACAGAAGAUCUAAAAAUCAAUCGUCCGAUCGCAUCAUGCGAAGAACCGAAAAGCGAUACGGAUUCAGGUCGAUCGUCCGAUCACGGAGAGUUGUUAGACGUGCAACGAAGAAAAGAAGCGCUGGUCGGACGAAUGCACGUACAUUGUUCUGCAAUCGAGCAAGGUGAAAACUAUAAAGAGCUGGGUGACAUGGACGCUACUUUAGCAACACUAAAAGUAGGGCCACAGUCUAAGAUUUCUCAGUCUCCUGAGCAGAAGUUCUGUUCACUACCAAGAGUUCUCGACAGCAAGAAACAACAGUGUGGGUUGCUAGAUUUUAAACCGUAUCACAAUUAUCAUACGAUCUCAUAUUCUAAGGCAGCACAAGAAAGUGGAGAUAUUACGGUUCUACAAUCACAGCAGCACACCAGCAAUCAAGGAAUUGUGGUAAGACGACGACAUAAUGCGGAGCUGUUGGCGGCACGAAGGAGAGCCGAUUGUCGACGAAACACGAUUGAUGUAACGAUGGUGGAAGUAAAAAUGGCAGAGGCGGCAUCCAAGCAGCAACAAAACGUUCAACAUCAUGCAGCAUUAUCCAUGCUACAGUAUCCCAAGCUUAAACCAAGUGUAUUCGUUUCGAGUGCCACGCGACUAAUACCUUCAAGAUCCACCAAUCACCUUACGACCAUUGCAGAUUCUGAUUUUGAGAGCGCCGUUCCAUUGGAUCAAAUCAGUUACAAUGCCACGUCCUUGCCCAAUCUUGACACCCAACUGGCUACUGUAUUGACCGUAACCCAAAAAAAUAACAAACCACAUCACGAGAUUGAACAACGUCACAAAAGUCAGCCAAUCCACGUCGAAAACCAUGCUAAUGCAAAAGAUAUGUCGCUAAAAGGACCUGAGUUCAUUCGUAAUUCCCACAUAACUCCAAAGUUAAUUGAUCUCACCGAUGCGAAGACUCAGCAUCGUAGAAUUGUUACAGUUCUCUUGUUAAAUGGUACCAAAGUAAAUGUUACCUGCAACCCCACUACAACCAUUGCUCGUCAAAUCUUCGAGGCUAUUUUACGGUUAGAGGGACUGGUCGAAAAUUUUUUUCUAGGUCUAUGUGCUCUUAUUGGAGGCGAUUUUGUAUUUUUGCCGCUUGAUUUAAAAGUUUAUAAGGUUGCACCGCAGAUUUGGAUCAAUACACCUAAAAAAACGACCACAAUUAUAAAAAACAUUGUGUUUAUGCUUUACGUGCGAAUUAAGUUUUUUCUGCCUACACUGCGUGGCGUUAGCUGUGUCGAGUCACGACACCUUUUAUAUUUACAGUUACGAAAAAGCAUUCUUGAGCGUCAAAUCUUGUGUGCCGAAGAUGAUUUAAUCGCGCUAGGUGGCCUUGCUCUACAAUCAGAGAUUGGCAGCUUUAAGGAGCAUAUGAAGUAUUCGGAAUAUUUUACUAUAUCGCAUUACUUGCCAGAAGAAGUGUACCGCAAAAAGCGUGAAUUGGCACGCUAUUUGCGCAACGCUCACUUUCACAAACGUGGAUUGCAAGAAGUCGAAGCGGAGCACAGUUUUAUCCGUUAUGUUCAAGAACUGAAGGAAUACGGUUUGCAUCUGUAUAGCGCGUCCUGGGCUACUGAUGAUGGUAUGUUACUGGAGGUGUAUGUUGCAAUCUCACUCGCUGGUGUAGCCAUUUUUGAACGAAAUGUGCGCUACCAGCCGCGCACCUACCAUGCACAGCAGGAGUACCGCAAUGGCAAAAAUAGCUUUAUGCGCCAUCUAUAUGCUUUUUUUGAUUGGAUGGAAAUUGAAAACAUAUGUUUCUCGAAACACGCAUUUUGUGUUGUGGUACGUCGCAAUGAAAGCCUAGGCUCUAAAAACGACAAAAAUUUAGUUAAAUACAAAUUACGUAUGGAUGGUCGCAAAAGCUACUUUGCGUUCAACCUUGCAUCAGAACAUCACAAAUUUUACAUGAAACUCAGAAAUUCGUUUAUUUCAAUGAAGACCCUCGCAAGUGAACUAAAUAUUCCAAUCGAACUGUCGACCAAUAGCGGUACAGUAGUGACGAAAGCAACCGAGCGAAGGAAGCGAAAUGUAAAUGAUCUUGUUGAUAGGAACCGGCACACUUCAUGGAAUGAGAAUUGUUUUGAUGCGAAGAAUAUAGAAAAGAUCGACAAACCAUUUAAAACAGGGUUGCGCGUGCGUAAUCUCAAGAAAUCAAUGCUAAACGAUAACAGACUGGCACGACUGCGCCAACGCUUUCUACUCAAACGAUCAAAAUCUACUGUGGAGUCCGGAAGCAGCAGUUCAUCGGCAUUGAACCUAACGGUCGAAAUAACCAACCAGCAAAAUCAGAACAAAGAAAAUGAAAAUCCUUUUAUAUCAAGUACACUAAAGGAAGAGCAAGAGCAACGAAACUCACCCAUUACGACCCACAGCAUGAACCGCAACAAAGUGAAAAUGGGAACUAAAGUUUUUUCAGCACAGUUCCUCAACAAAUCUUACGAUAACCUUACUACCGCCGCUGUCUCACUUGGUACAAUAAUUCCAGAACCAUUGACUGGAGCGGCAUCUUUCCAAAAUCUAGCAAAUAAUAACAGUCGAAGCAAUAGUGGAUGUUUCUUCCAUGAAGAAGAUAGCGACCCACGUGAAAUGAUCAUUCAUCCCUCAAAAUCACAUCCAUUAAUCGAAAGUUGUGUAGACGAAGUCCUAUCGGUGAAGAGCAGUCUAGGGUCAAUUUAUUUCAUGGAAAAAAUAGACGAGCAAUCGGUUGCUGCUAACGGCGAGACACUUCUUUCACCAAAAGCUUGUGUAAUUCAAUCGAGCAUACACAGUGAUAGUUGCCCAUUUGAGCUGCCACCUGCGGAUGAAACUAUUUCUGAUACAUUGUUGGAAAAGUUUAAUAAUAUAAGUCAAUGUAUAGAGACAACUAACGAUCGCAUAUUGACAACAGUGCUCAUUGUAAAAGACCCAGUUUUAGCUUCCUCCCAAGAGGAGUUAAUCCCUCGUAACCAAGACCAGGCUUGUCACGCUGGUAAUCAUGAAUCGAUCAUUUUAUCUGGAAACACGGGUACUCGGGGCGGUGUAAAGUAUACGCUUGGAAUUAGCAUAGUGCAGGGUAACGAUAAUAAUGUAUAUGUAAAAGAUAUGGCUAUAAACGGGCCUGGUGCUCGCAAUGGUGUACGCAUAGGUGAUCAGAUCGUCGCAGUAAACGGCAAAUCACUGCUCAAUAUACCUUAUACGGAAUCCUUGAGGAUUCUACAGCAAACUGACAGGACCAUAGAACUCGUUCUGUCUCAAAUAUACCAACGCACUAUACAUCAGCUACCGCAAGAAGAGAAGCAUCACUCGUCGAUUCAUCCAUUACCCGUGACCAAAACGAAUAGCCUAUACAUCAAACAUAGUAACCGUUCGGCGACGACUACACCGUUGCUGGGCACACAGUACGAACAACAUCAAAAUCACCAGAUGUCAUGUGCAUACGUUAAACACAACGGACUGAAAGACAGAUUUGUAAAGGAAUGUUGCAAUCAACUGCAACAUGAAGGGGAGAAUUGCAUGGGGGAAAAGAUAGAGAAAAGUCGGUUCAACGAAAAGAUUGAUGGCAGCGUCAGUCAGCGUUACACCAAAAAUGUGGCGGAUAUCCUGCGAACACGUAACCGAAUCAUCAUCGUCGAUCAAUGCCAGCAAACAACCCAACAAAAGCAUCAAACGUCAUUACCGUACACUUGUAGACUUAAUCCUUCAAAAAGUUUGUCCGAUCUACCAAAGGUUUUGCAAGGGUACAACAAGCAGCAUCUCCAACAAGAUGCAUCACCAAUCCGUGCAGAUUUUCAGGAAGCAGUAGAUCAUAGCACAUUGAAGACUCAAGGCGAAAAAAUGACGAGACAAGGAGAUUAUAGUGGCAUGUGCCGCAAGUACACUGGUCCAACGCGUUAUCCUGUUACUCCGGCCAAGGAUACUUUUAAAACAACAGUCUGUCCAAUUCGGGUACAACUAUCCCUUUCGAACGCUUCUGAAGAGGAACAGGUUUUCAUCUAGGGCAAGAAAAAAACAUUCCGAACGAAACUCCCUAAGGAAGGUAGCUGGAGAGAAAGAGAUAAAAACAAACCACAAUCCGCAACAUAUGUAGCCAACAACAGAAUGUUUGUUUUUGUU